AUGGAUCCAGAAAGGACCAAUAUUUAUACCCCAGAACAGGUCCUGAUGGAGUAUGAGGGUUUGGUGACCUUUGAGGAUGUGUCUGUGGAUUUCUCAGAGGAGGAGUGGGCUCUGCUGGAUCCAGGCCAAAGGGCUCUGCAUAAGGAAGUCAUGGAGGAGAAUUAUGAGAAUCUGACCUCUCUGGGACAGAAAAGCAAGAGAGGAAAAGAAGAGCAGAGAACAGAAACUGAAGAAAAGCAGAAGUUUACGAAGGAAUCCACUGCUUCAGAGAGUACAAGCUGUCUGGACAUCACAAUGCAAGAAGAAAAUCACACACAACAGAAAAGGUUUCUCUGUGCAGACAUCUUAACUGAACCAUCAGACCCCAGCAUGGAGCAGAGAAUGCCAAAAGGGGAGAAACUGUUGAAAGUGCCAGAGUGUGAGAAUGUCAGUCUGAGCAAAACUCUUAUAUUACAGAAAAUAUUGCACAUAAAAGAGAAGGCCUCCAAAUUCUCAGAGUGUGGAAAGAGCUUCAACAAGAAUGAUCACCUCAUUGCCCAUCAAAGUGGACAGAUUGCCAAAAAAACAUAUGAAUGCUCCGAGUGUGGAAAGAACUUCAGUCACAGCUCAGCCCUUGCUUCCCAUCAAAGAAUCCAUACGGGGGAGAAACCAUAUAAAUGCUCAGAGUGUGGGAAGAGUUUUAGUCGGAACACAAGCCUUACUUACCACCAAAGAAUCCACACAGGGGAAAAACCAUACAAAUGCUCUGAAUGUGGAAAAAGAUUCACUUACAUCUCAGGACUUUCUUACCAUCAAAGAAUCCACACAGGAGAGAAACCAUACCAGUGCUCACAGUGUGGGAAAAGCUUCAGUCUCAAUUCCGGACUUGUUUCCCAUCAAAAACAUCAAAGAAUCCACACAGGGGAGAAACCAUAUAAAUGUACCGAGUGUGGAAAGGGUUUCAGUCACAGUUCAGGGCUUACUUCCCACCAAAGAAUCCACACAGGAAAGAAACCUUAUACGUGUUUUGAGUGUGGAAAGUGCUUUAGUCAGAGUACAAUGCUCAAUAUACAUCAACGAAUUCACACUGGAGAAAAACCUUAUACAUGCCCAGAGUGUGGAAAGAGAUUCAGCCAUAGCUCAGGCCUUGCUUACCAUCAAAGAAUCCACACAGGGGAGAAACUAUACAAAUGCUCUGAAUGCGGAAAGAGCUUCAGCUGCAGUUCAGGCCUUGCCUACCAUCAAAGAGUUCAUAAAGGGGAGAGACCAUAUAAAUGUUCUGAGUGUGGACAGAGCUUCAGAGAAAGUGGAAAACUUGCUUCCCAUCAAAGAACUCACACAGGAGAAAAACCGUAUAAAUGCUCUGAAUGUGGAAAGAGGUUCAGAGAAAGCGGAAAACUGGUUUCCCAUCAAAGAGUCCACACAGGAGAGAAGCCAUAUCAGUGUUCAGAGUGUGGAAAGAGUUUUUCUCAGAGUGGAAAUCUUACUUCCCAUCAAAAAAUCCACACAAAGGAGAAACCGUAUAAAUGCCCCGAGUGUGGUAAGAGCUUCAGUUACAGCUCCAGCCUUGCUUACCAUCAAAGAAUCCACACAGGGGAGAAGCCAUACAAAUGCUCAGAGUGUGGAAAGAGUUUCAGCCACAGCAGAUACCUUACUUACCAUCAAGUAACCCACACUGAGGAGAAACCAUAUAAAUGUUCCGUGUGUGGAAAGAGCUUCAGACGGAGUGCCUACCGGAAUGCACAUCAAAAAACCCACAUGGGGACAAUUAUCCAAGAUAACCAUACACAGGGGAUCUGUGAUGCCAGCCUAGCUUUCUGCCCACUCUGA